AGAAAUAAUAAAAGCUGAAAUUAUUUCUAAACAUUGCUGAAAGAAUAGAAAAAGCUGAAAUACAUUUAAAAAUUGCUGUGUUGUUCUAUGUUAACUUUUUGUAAAAUGGAUGUAUAAUCAGUUUAAUCAAUUCAAUCAGUUAUGACAAAUCCAUGUAAUCGUGCAGUCUGUGUUCAAUGUCCAAUCAAUACAUGUUUUGAUCCCUGAUUACUGAUUCAAUUUUCAAUCAAUAAAUGUUUGUCACAAUUCUCGACUUUUCUUUUAAAGUCUUCAAAAUCCCCGUGUAGCCUCGGAUAGUGCUAUUAUUUGAUUACUGUGUGGAUGUUAAAAAGCCUUUAAUUUUUGCCCACAAAUGAUAAUUUACUCCUCGCGUGUUUCAGCAUUAACUCUGAUCAUUUGUAGCCGGCAUCGUGUGACGUCUGCCUUUGUUAGAGCGCUCUGUUUAGGACAGUUCUAAUCAGUCUGUCGCUUCCACUCUGCCGCAACUCUCCCCAUAGCAACCAGAGCCCCGCACACACAAGCAGCCGCUACGUCACACAUAAACAAAUGACUCUGUAUCCAGUCAGCUGACGCUACCGGCAGCUAGCUUUCGUCGGCUAGCGCUACUAUCGCGCUAGCUUUGCGGUGGCUGACAAGUUAUGUCAGCAAGCGCAAACAAGUUGUACGAAGCUACUGCUGCUCUUGUAUUUAGCCAGCUAGCCUACGUGGAUAACCGUCACUCUGUCUGUCUGUCUGUCUGUCUGUCUGUCUGUCUGUCUGUCACUAUUAGCUACGGAAAUGGACGAGGGUCUCUGUUAGCUGUCCCUUUCCCGAGUACUGAAAGCAGCGCUUUACGCAGUGGCUGUUUAGCACAACAAUGUCAAAUAUAUACCUGUGUAUGAACAUCUAUCUAUCUAUCUAUCUAUAUCUAUCUAUAUAGAUAUAGAUAUAGAUAAAUGCACACGUGUUAUCUAUCUAUCGAUUAUUAUCUAUCUGAUGGAUACAACUCUGUGUAUCCGGAACAUAUAUAUGUACAUAACAUCCGACUAUUUUUAUAAUAAAUGAUAACACCAAAUAUGAAAUGAUAAUCGUGUCCAUAAAUAUUCAAAAUAAUAAUUACUGAACUAUAAAAGAGAGCAAAGAGAACAAAAACUUUGUUUCAUGAGCACAAAACUCGCAAACGAGUUUUCCUGGACGAAGGGCUCGCGGACAUGACGAGGCGGCGCGUGGACCUUCUAGAACAUUGUCGGAGCCGCAGCGGCGCGAAAAAUCCACUGCUGUCCAUCCUGAACCGAGAAAGAAUGGCGUUAAGAAAAGUUCUUUCGUCGAAGCCCCAAACCCCUUACUUUAAGCCCCCGGCAAUACACAUUUGUGUGGUUGCACUGAAGGACCAGCAUAGGGUCACGAGGUGGGACUUCCAGGACGGCAGAGCGGUGGCGGCCGUCACAAAAGCUAAUGCCGUCAUGGCCAUCAGCGACGGGCACUCCGUGGCCAAAGUGACCCUGUAUGAAGACCUGAAGGCCCAAGUUCAAGAGGGUGCUUCCUACGUGGUUCGUGGCUAUAACCUGAGGGGCAAUUCCCCUCCAUAUGCCUUUAAUGUCUCAAGGGAGACAGAAUUCUUUCGAAGCAGCGCCCUCGUCAUCGACGAGAAAUUACAAAACGAGGCCUUGAGGCUGAUCAAUCCUCGCUCGCCCCUGACCCCCCUCAGCACCUGCAGGGAAUCUGCUGGUCUGGUCACGGUGGAAGGGGAGGUGGUCGAGGUAAGUAACUUUCCGUUUAACGGGACUGCGAUAUAUAUAGCCAAUGUAGGUUGUUGCUGUAAAAUUAAGAGUGUAAGUCCGCCGGACUGCAGCUAUGAGAACAUUAACACCCAAAUCCACUGUGUUCAGGUGUCUGAGCUGAAGGAGGUGGUGGUGGCGAGGGACCGCGUGCCACUGCAAAACAUCACGUUGAAGCAGGGGGAAACAAAGGUGCCCGUGUCCCUCUGGAGGGAAACCGCCCUCCACUGCUGUGAGAUCGGGAACGUCCUGAGAGUGUCCCACCUGAGAGGGUCGGAGUCCAAUUAUGGAUUCCGGCUCCAAACAACGGUGGAGUCAGCAAUUGAGGCGGUCAGUUCCACGGCAGCGGAGGAGGUUGGAGUUUACGGGGCAACACCGGCACGCGGGGCUCCCGGAAGCCUAAAAGUGCUCCUGGAGGACGACAGGACGCUGUUCAUCGAGGAGAGCAAGUGGCUGCCAAUAGCUGCCAUAAUGGAAGCGCCACCCUUACCGGUCAAAAUAACCGUUAAAGGCAACACCAUUGUCGCCAUUGAAGCCAUGCGGAAGGAGGAGUAGCUGUUUGA